AUGGUUGGCCUUACUCCAAUUCGAUGGGUCAUCCUCUUGGUCAUGUUUUGGUUGGGGAUGAUGCAGGGUCUAGUCUGGAUGACCCUCAGCGGGAAUCCGGACGUCACGAAGCGGUACUACGCGCUGGUGGAUGAGAAGGCGACCAUCGACUUGCUGCUCAACUGGGGGCCGAUCAUGUACCUGCCAGUGGUGCCACUGGUGACCUACGGGGCCAAACGCGGGGAGAACGGCGUGUGGGCGACAAUCCUGGCUGGCGCCAUGCUGACAGCCGCUGGCAGCCUGCUCAGGCUGGCCCCGAGCGUGCUGCCGUUCGUGGACCCCGCAUCCGAGGCGGCGAGGUGGUUCCUGCACGGCGGGCAGAUGCUGAACGGCUGCGCCGGGCCCAUGAACGCGGUGACCCCGUCGCUCCUCGCGGCAAUGUGGUUCCCGCCGGCGGAGCGGGCCUUCGCGACCGCGACGGUCUUCUCGAUCCAGGCGGGCGCUCCUGCGCUAGGCUUCCUGCUGGCGCUGCCCGUGCACACCCCGGAGGCGCUGCAGGCGCUCAUGGCGGCGGAGGCCGCCAGCUCCGUGGCCGUGGCGCUGGUGUGGGCUGUGCUGCCCAAGAGGCCGCUGCUGCCGCCCUCCGGCUCCCAGAGCCUGCGGCGCCUGGCCGCGCAGGGCGACGGCGAGUGGGCCGGGGGUCCGGCCGGGCUGCCGCGGAGGCGCUGGGUCUCCUCGGCCACGCGCAAAGGGUGA